AUGAAGUUCGGAGAACAGCUACGAUCGAGCGUCAUUCGCGAGUACCAAUGGUACUACAUUGACUACGAUGGCCUAAAACAAGAAUUGAAGAAUGCUACCGGCCCUCCGCUCCCUAGCUCGGGCCUUGGCCACGAGUGGACCGAGGAGGACGAGACGCGCUUCGUCACCAAGCUCGAGUCGGAGCUCGAGAAGGUCCACACCAAGCAGCAGGUGAAGGCUAUGGAGAUCUCCCGCCGAAUCGCCGUCAGCGAGCGCGAGGUCAGAGAGGUCGUCAAUCGCCUAAACGAGCGUGGUCUUCGAGAAGAUGGCCCGACUGAGGAGGAGUUCAUGCUCCUCGAGGAGGAUCUCAGCGACGUCAUCGCCGAUGUCCACGACCUUGCCAAAUUCGUUCAGCUCAACUACACUGGGUUCUCGAAGAUCAUUAAGAAACACGAUAAAACCACCGGCUGGCACCUUCGACCUGCCUUUGAGAGCCGUCUCAAGGCAAAGCCGUUCUACAAAGAAAAUUACGACGCAUCCGUAAUCAAGCUUUCGAAAUUAUACGAUCUGGUUCGAACCAGAGGUAACCCGGUCAAGGGCGAUAGCGCUGCUGGUGGUGGCCAAGCCAGCUUCAUCCGACAGACGACCAAGUAUUGGGUGCACCCAGACAAUGUAACUGAGCUCAAGCUCAUCAUUCUCAAGCACUUGCCCGUUCUGGUCUUCAACGCCAGCAAGGAAUUCGAGCAGGCAGAUUCGGCCAUUACGUCCAUCUAUUACGAUAACCCGGAUACGUGGGAUCUUUAUGAGGGCCGACUCAAGAAGACUGAAGGUGCCGAGGCAAUUCGUCUUCGUUGGUAUGGUGGCAUGCAGAAUGACACCAUCUUCGUUGAGCGCAAGACUCAUCGCGAGGACUGGACUGGCGAGAAGUCCGUUAAAGCCCGUUUCUCGAUGAAGGAGAAGAACGUCAAUGCCUACAUGAAGGGUGAACUCCUCCCCCCCGCCAUUUUCGAAAAGGCUCGUAAGGAUGGUAAGAAAUCCGAGAAGGCAAUUGCCGAAGAUGAGCGAUUAGCUUCAGAGAUCCAAUAUUCAAUCCUCAGGAAGGGCUACAAGCCCGUUUGCCGUUCUUUCUACAAUCGCACGGCUUUCCAACUUCCUGCCGAUGCGCGAGUACGCAUCUCCCUUGAUACCGAGCUUACCAUGGUCCGAGAGGACAACCUUGAUGGUCGCGCCCGAAGUGGCAAAAACUGGAGGCGAACCGAUAUUGGAAUCGAUUUCCCCUUCUCUCAGCUGCCCCCCGAGGAUGUGGAGCGAUUCCCGUACGCAGUUCUCGAAGUUAAGCUACAAACCCAAGCCGGACAAGAGCCUCCCGAGUGGGUUCGCCAGCUCAUCGCCUCCCAUCUUGUAGAGGCAGUUCCCAAAUUCUCAAAGUUCAUUCACGGCUGUGCCACUCUCUUCCCUGACAGGAUUAAUCUCCUGCCCUUCUGGAUGCCACAAAUGGACGUCGAUAUCCGUAAGCCUGUGUCUCAUAGCUUCGGAAUUCACCGUCCGGGUCAAUCUGCUACUAGCACCUCAGAUGACGCCGAUGAUGACUUUGACUCUGACGAUGAAGAUAUCCAACCCUCUACCGCUGUUGUCGCUCGUGGCGGAGCAUCUAAUGGAGCUGGAGGAGCUGAUGCCGAGGGCCAGACUGUGGAAGUUGCUGGAAAUGACGACUAUAUCUAUGACUCGGAUGAUGAGUAUGACGAAGGCUAUGAGUUGGAAGAGGCCAGACGUGCAGGCGGGCUGCACUAUUACAGGAAGCUCGUUGCGACCAAGGGCCAAGCCUUGGGCCGGGGCGCAUUGUAUGUUCUGAAGGCAUUGAUCCCUGCCCCCCGUGCUACGCAAGUGGACCGCAGCGUCAGGCAGGAGAUGCUCUUUGGUAAUGGCCCCGUUCACAGCAAGAAGUUCAAGGCGCCUCCAGGCAAGAAGAUUUACGUGCCUGUGCGUGUCGAGCCGAAGGUAUACUUCGCAGCUGAGCGAACGUUCUUGGGCUGGCUCGAAUACUCCAUCUAUAUUGGAACCAUUGCCGUGACGCUUCUUAAUUUUGGGUCCAGCACUUCGGCAGCCUCAUUCUGGGUCGCUUCUCUGUUCACGCUGCUUGCAAUUGGAAGUUUGCUCUACUCGGUAGGUACUUAUCUGUACAGAAGCCGGUCAAUCCGAAACCGCAAGGCCGCCAAGUACUACGACCGCUGGGGCCCGACGGCCCUUUGCGUCUCACUCUUUGUGGCGGUCGCCCUGAAUUUUGUGUUUGAGGGACGGGAUAGGGAGUUUUGGUAA